AUGUUUUGUUGGGGUAAUGCGACUCAUCACGAAUUAUGCAUUGAAGGUUCUGAUAAUCUUGAUUUGGUAAUAAAACCAACAUUAUCGAAAUGGAAAGAAAGUAGUCAUAUUAAUUCUGUAGCAGCUGGGGAGUUCCAUACACUUUAUCUGACAAAUGUUGGCCAUUUGUACUCAUGUGGCAAUAACGAUGUUGGUCAACUGGGACGACACACACAGGAAGAUGAUGGCAAAUAUCCAGCUCUGGUGGGAACAUUCAAAGGUUGUAAUUUGUCAGCGAUAGCAUGUGGUCUUCAACAUUCUAUGGCUUUAGACGAAUGGGGUCAACCUUUCAGUUGGGGAUCAGAUAGUAUGGGCCAGUUAGGUAGCAAUUUAGGUGCACAUGCUCAGGAUAAACCGAAAUUAAUAAAAUUUUUGGCAACCAAAAAUGUGAUACAAAUUUCUUGUGGAUCUUAUCAUACAAUAGCACUUACUAACAAUGGUGAAUUAUAUUCCUGGGGUGCAAAUUCGUAUGGUCAGUGUGGAUUAGGUACGAUGUCAAAUAAGGAAACCACACCGCAACAGAUAACGUCAUUAGUAGGGGUUCCUAUUGCUUAUGUUGCCUGCGGUAGUAACCACACAUUUGUGUUAUCAAAAUCAGGAGCUGUUUUUGGUUUUGGAAAAAAUACUCAUGGUCAGUUAGGGUUGCAAGACAGGGAAAAUAGAUGCUACCCCACACACUUGAAGCUGUUACGAAAUGUUAAGGUGUGUUAUAUAUCCUGUGGGGAUGACUUUACAGCAUUUUUAACGUUAGAUGGUGGUGUAUUUACUUGUGGCUCGGGUGAAUAUGGGCAAACAGGACACGGCGCUGUUAAAGACGAACUUGUUCCUAGAAAGAUCGUCGAAUUAAUGGGAAGCACGGUGACUCAAAUAGCUUGCGGGCGACGUCACGUGCUGUGCCGCGUUGGUGACCGUGUGUUGGCUUGCGGGUACGGUGCGCGCGGUCAACUCGGGUGUCCGCAUAUGACCUUCGCGUUAGUGCCUACGCCUAUAUCGUUUACGCCUAAUGACGAUUCGCCUUUUCCACCUGCCUUACUCAACGGCCCUAUAAAAGUGUUCGCCGGCGGAGAUCACAGUUUCCUCGUAGUGAACAGUGAUAAGUCAGUCCAAACUGACGCGCGAAUACCAGAUCCGAAGAAGCAAAUACUUACACUCAACAUACCUAAGUUAGCAGCAUGUGAGGUCUUCAAAGAUGACGAUGUAGUUAAUCAAGAUCUGAUGGCGUAUUUAGAAACAGUUUUUGGAUCUUCGUCGUGUAUGAACGCAUCUUUCUUGCUUGAAAACAGUGCGCAUUACGGUUGUAAUACGAAAGUUCCAGGCGUUGAUUUAAAGAAGGCUCAGGAGGCAUUUAAUAUUAUUAGUCGCUUUGAAAAUACCUCUAUUAAGGAACUGAUAUUUAGCCAUCUAACUGAAAAUGUAAUCAAGAAAGUGAAAUCCUCGCCACCGGACGCCGAGGCGCUGCGGUUAUUUCUUCUACUUCCUCUAUAUCAUGAGAUGAGGAAUCCGAGACGGCAUCCUGAAUUGCAGGGUCCUUUUGCAGAAGCGUUCAAUAAUUUGUUAUUGCAUCCAAAACGCAUCGUGCAUUUGUGGUGGGAGGCGCAGACCGUGGAAUAUUUCGAGAUGCUUGUAGAUAUAUUUAAAAGUGUCAUAGUGUACGAGCUUAUGCAGCCUGUGGUUCGAGCGAAUAAGAAAAUCAACUUCACCCACAGCAUAGUACAAAUUUUAAACGCCUUAUCCACGCUAAAUAAAAUAAACUUCACAAAUCCCAAAACACCAAAAAUACCAGCGGAGUGUUUUUAUAUCGAGGACUUAAGCGGUUACGUUAAUAUUGCUAAAGACUACAUGUGCUGGCUUUCUGAUCAAGAUAGGCUUCGUAAAAGGUCGUACCACUCAGCAUUUAAUUCGUUACAGUCGACACAGCCUCACCUCUGCAACUACGCAUUUCUAUUCGACGUACAAUGCAAGUCGUUGCUUCUAAAGAUCGACCAACAGCUCCAAAUGCAGAUGGCCAUCAACAGAGAGGCUACCCAGAUUUUCACGAGACUUUUCAUGGACCCGACGUACGCUAUACAUACGGACCAGUUCCUCAAUCUGUCUGUGUCCAGAGCUCAUAUUGUGAGAGAUACGAUGCUGCAAAUAAGCAAUCACGAUAGCUCGCAACUGAAAAAACCGCUAAGAGUACAAUUCAUAGGCGAGGAGGCGGAAGAUGCCGGUGGGGUUAAAAAGGAAUUCUUUCUGCUUUUGCUCAAGGAAAUAUUCAAUCCUGUGUAUGGAAUGUUUAAACAGUCCGAGGAAACAAACAUGAUUUGGUUCUCUAAUAACCCCUUUGAGGAUGAUAUUAUGUAUUAUUUAAUAGGUGCAAUAUACGGGCUAGUGAUAUAUAACUCUAUAAUAAUUUACGUGCCUUUUCCACUUGUCUUGUACAAAAAGUUGUUAGACGAAUCCGUGAGGUUGGACGACCUUUCUGACUUGUAUCCUACGCUCGCCAAUAGCUUGAAACAUCUGUUAGAAUACCCUGAUGAAGAUGUUGAAGAGGUAUUCAGUCUAUGUUUCGCUGUAAAUACGGUUGUGUUCGACCAAGUACAAGUUCAUCCGCUGAAGGAGAACGGUGAAAAUAUACCAGUAACACACGAAAAUAAGGCAGAGUAUGUUGAUUUAUAUGUGGACUUUCUUCUUAAUAAAUCCGUGGAAAAUCAAUUCAAAGCGUUCAAUCAAGGUUUCCAGAAGGUGUGUGGUGGUAGGAUAAUUAAACUGUUCAGAUCGCACGAGCUGAUGUCUGUGGUGAUAGGUAACGAGGAAUACGAUUGGGAUCUCUUUGAAAGCAAUUGCGAGUACAAGAACGGCUACAGUGUCACUGACCACCAAAUAAGAUGGUUCUGGGAAGUUUUCCACGAGCUAUCGCUUGAAGAUAAAAAGAAGUUUCUGCUUUUCUUAACUGGCAGCGAUCGAGUGCCGAUACAAGGAAUGAAAGAUAUAAAAAUAUUUAUCCAGCCGGUAGCGGACGAUCGCUUCUUCCCUGUCGCUCACACGUGCUUCAAUCUACUAGACCUGCCUCGCUACAAGACUAAGGAGAGACUAAAAUAUUAUCUAGUUCAAGCUAUACAGCAGACCCAGGGCUUCUCCCUUGUCUAA